AUGGUUUUGGAAAAAAACGGAGGAGUCGCACUCGCCCAUCCCUUGCAAGGCGAGGAGGUCGUCAUUACCGGGAUGUCUGGACGUUUUCCCAAAUCGGACGACAUCUACCAGUACAGGAGCAACAUCUACAACAAAGUUGAUAUGGUCACCAGUGAAAAUCGCCGCUGGUUACCGACCAACCCCGAGAUACCCCAUCGUAUGGGUCAAAUUAAUUUACUCGAGAAGAUGGACGCUGGGCAAUUUGGUUUGCAUUACCACGAACCCAACCAGAUGGAUCCGAUGAUCAGGAUUUCCUUGGAGAAGGCGUACGAGGUGAUCCUUGAUGCCGGUUACAACGUGGACGAGAUGAGCGGCAUGCGCUGUGGGGUUUUCAUCGGGUGCUGCUUUUCCGAAAGCGACGCGAUGGUGGUUAUGGCGACGAAUUCCAGUCCAAACUUUGGCGUGACAGGGGGUUGUCGAUCGAUGAUUGCGCAACGAAUCAGUCACUACUUCAACCUGCGAGGGCCAUCGUAUACCAUGGACACGGCGUGCAGCAGCUCAAUGUACGCUUUCGAACAUGGCUACCGAGCAAUCCGAAGUGGUCUAUGCGACAGCGCAUUGAUUGGUGGAGUCAACUUGUGCCUAAACCCCAUAACAUCCCUGCAGUUUGCUCGGUUAGGUGUCCUGAGUGCGGACGGGACGUGCAAGCCGUUUGAUGAAAACGCGAACGGUUACGCACGCUCCGAGACCGUUUCCUUUGUCUUCCUGCAGAAGACGAAGGAUGCCCGACGAAUUUACGCACAGGUAACACCCACCCCCCUCCCCCCGCCUAGUUACUAUGGCUCUAGUUCUCUCUUGCAUUAG